AUGGUUGCUCCCAAUAAAGAAGUUAUUAAUCAUAAUUAUAAUCAUAAUCAUAAUCAUAAUCAUAAUCAUAAUUAUAAUCAUAAUCAUAAUCAUAAUCAUAGUCAUAAUCAUAAUCAUAAUCAUAAUCAUGAUCAUGAUCAUGAUGAUAAUGAUAAUAAUGUGAAUAAUGAAAAUGAAUUAAAAUUUACACUAAUGUUUAAUGCUAAUAAACCAAUUUUCAUAAACAUUUUACCUGGGCCUUAUCAGUUUUUGGAGAUCAACCAAAUCUUUAAACUACAAAGAAUCAAUCAUAAAAAAAGUCUAGGCAAAUUGAAAAAGUCCAAUAAUUUCAUCAUCAACAAUCUUAGAAAUGGCAACAACUUGAAUAAAUUUGCGUUGUUGAAUAACUUUUUAAAGAAGAAUCCAAUUAAUCUUGAUUUCAACUAUAUCAACUUGGAUAUCGAUCCAAUAAAUUUUAAAAAAACUUCAAUUGAUUAUAACAAGUUUAUUAGCCAUUUACAGAAGAGCAAUUUUAAUUUAAUUACAAUUGAUAAUAGUAGUGAUGAUUCUAAUGCUAAUGCUAAUGCUAAUUCUAAUUCUAAUUCUAAUUCUAAUUCUAAUUCUAAUUCCAAUGAUGAUGAUCAAGAUUGUAUUGAUUAUAAUCAAUUGAAGAAUUUCAUACAGGAUAACUUUAAUAAAAUAUCUAAAAACCCUCCAAGAAAAUCCAAAUCAUCCAAAUCAUCCAAAUCAUCCAAAUCAUCCAAAUCAUCAAAGAUAUUAAAGAAUUCCAAGAUAAUAAAAGCCCACAAGGGUUCUUCAAGUUCUAAAAACUCGCACUUGAAAAACUUGAGAUCAAAUAUCAACGAAAUGAUUAAAAAUGAAUCAGCCAAAUUAACAACUUCUUCAUCUUCUAGUUGUCCUAAGAACUUCAUUCAAUCCAAUGAAAACUCUUUAAUAUCUAGUAAUAAACUUGUGUCUACGAUUUAA